ACCAGCACCUUCUUGCCGUAUCGUACCGUACCGUACCGCACUGGCACCACACCAGAUACCGACCAGUCCACUCUUCAUCUUCACGAAGAAACAUGUCUUACCGCACCCACCGCUACCCCGUCAAGCGCCCGUCCCGCCGCACUCUCGCUUCCAUCGGCAUACCAGACCAACGAGACGUCCUCGCCAUCUAUCUUCGCUGGGCGCGUCAGCGGUACUACCGAGUGCAUGACGCAAUGCACCAAGAGGCCCCGUCGUCAGCUGUGUGCACGCGCAGCCCUGACGAUGCCCUUGACGUGCACCUCGGUGGAGACCCUGCGAACCCUCUGCCGAGCCUGCAGUUCGAUGCGCAGAGCCUUAAUACCGAUCUGCUGGGAAUGGGCUCGGGACUUGACGGCCUUGACGCGUCGGUGCUUGGGUACCCCAGUGAGAUCGACUUCAUUGGGUGAGGGGCAUUACCAGGCAGGCUGAAAGGGUAACAGCCAGGCAAGGUUAACUACCGACAAUCGCGGCUAACUAGCCUAAAAGUUACCGAAGGUGGCUAAAUGGGGCGUUUUAGGAAGAUUGUUUUUUUGGAG